GUUCUUCACAAAACUUGUUUCUAAAUAGGUAGUAGGUAGUAGUAAUCAUGUUGCGUUCCAUUGCUGUCGUUUGUUGUUUCCAAUUCGUGCUAUCUUCUUCGCCUGUAGUCAGAGUUGAAGAAGGUGAACUUGCAGGAACCACCUAUGAAUUACCUAAUGGUAGAAUCGUUAAUGCUUUUUUAGGAGUUCCGUACGCUGCUGCGCCGAUUUUCAAGUAUAGAUUCAAGGAACCACAACAUUUGAAACCAUGGAUCGGUACGUGGAAUGCAACGAAACCUCAAAGUGCAUGUCUACAAAUAGAGCAUCGAGCAUUGUACCAGAUUUCCGGCGAAGAAGAUUGUCUUUAUUUGAAUAUCUACACACCCAAGCUGCCGGUGAAUGGAGUUAGUCCUUUGAUGAAUGUAAUGGUUUACAUUCAUGGAGGAGCUUUUAUGUUUGGUACUGGAGGAACAAUUUAUCCUGAUUAUAUUUUGCAGAAUGACGAUCUAGUCUUCGUUAGCAUUAAUUAUCGCUUAGGAGUCUUGGGAUUUUUCAGCACCGAAGAUAACGUGGCACCCGGAAAUUUUGGUCUGAAAGAUCAAGUGGCUGCGUUGAAAUGGGUUCAACGUAAUAUUAUUCAUUUCGGUGGUAACCCUGCCGGUGUCACAAUUGCUGGGUGUUCCGCUGGCGGUGCUAGUGUACAUUAUCAUUACGUUUCUCCGCUCAGCGAAGGGCUUUUCCAAAAAGGCGUUUCUUUAAGUGGCACUUUACUACCUUCGUGGACUUUACCAAGAAAUGUGUCUCAAAAAUCAACCGAAUUGGCUUCAUUAGUAGGUUGUCCAAUUAAUAAUAAUACCAGAGAUAUGGUGAAAUGUUUGCAAAGGAGACCAGCUAGAGCUAUUGUUGAGCAGACGAAGAAUUUUAUGACUUGGAGAUACACUCCAUUCACUCCGUUUGGUCCAGUUGUGGAACCUGAGAGUCCAAAUGCAUUUUUAUCCGCACACCCACUUGAAUUAUUGGUCAAUGGCAAAGUGAAAGAUUUACCUUGGAUGACUAGUGUGACUGAAAAAGAAGGUUUAUAUCCAGGAGCAGAGUUUAUUCCUCACGAUAAUCUAUUGAAAGAACUGGAUGAAAAAUGGAAUGAAAUUGCGCCAAAUUUGCUCAUGUAUAACUACAGCGUACCGGAGCAAGAAAAAGAUGCAGUUAGUGAUGCUAUCAGAAAAUUCUACUUUGAUAAUAAACCUAUUUCCAAAGAAAGCGUUGAUCAACUAAUUCAAAUGCUUGGCGACAGAUUGUUUUAUAAUGAAAUAUUCAGUGCUGCUAAAUUGCAUAAUUUAGCUACCAAGACGAAUAUUUUUUGUUACAAGUUCAAUUACCGAGGAAAAUACAGUCUUACAAAUGUAUAUGCUCAAAACUACGAGAAUUAUGGAUCUAGUCAUUCCGACGACCUGCUGUAUAUUUUGAAAUACCUGCCUACCAGUGCAGAAGAAACCGAAACGGAUAAGGCGAUGAAUAAAUUCAUGUCGUCUAUUUACGUGAAUUUCAUGAAAACUGGGGAUCCAAGUGUCGGUAUAGAAACGUGGAAACCAAUUGGUAAAGAUCAACACGUCAAUUUUACCUGUUUAAAUAUUUAUUCGCCUAGUGAUUUGGCGUUUGAAGAUGUAUCAAAUCCAGCUAUUAGUGAAUUUUGGAAAAAUACAUUGCCCAAUGAAUAUCCUGCUCAGCCUAUUCCAGUAAAUAGAGAUGAACUUUAAUUUUAAUCACGAUGUGGUAUUUUUUUUAAAAUCACACGAUACUUCCAUUUUACUUACAAUAUGUACCUAAUUAUCUAUUAUACGUAUGUACUACCUACAUCAUUUUAGCAGCAAUCGAAAACUUCAGCAUAUAUCAAAGAAAUAAAAAAUAAUUAAGCUAUUCAGCAUUUUUAAUUAAAUAAUUAUUCAUUUGCGCAUGUAUAGGUACGAGUACCUAGAGGUACCUAAUUUUCAAGUAGACAUGAAUUUUGUUUUACUUUGUUUUGAAUUUUUUUCUUUAAUUUAUACGUAACUUAACUAGCUUGAGCAUAUUUUAAUGUUCAAAUUUCAAAAUUAAAAUUUAUCCUAAUUGUGGGUAUUUAUAUUUUCGUGCGCUUCGGUUAUCCAUGUCUAUAGGAUACUUUUUCGUUUAUUAUUAACGAAGCAUGUGCAUUUAUAUUCACCACAUUUAGUGUAAAAUACAUAAUCAUGAGUUGA